GACUUCCUGUACCGAAACCCUAAAGCUAUCAACAUUUGCAAUCGAAACUUUAUCAUCUGCCGACUUUGCUCACACGAUAUAGAGUUUAAGAUGCGCAUUGAGAUUUGUAAAAUUAAAGAUGUAGAUGUGCAACAAAUCCUUAUGGGGAUGUGAUUGGAUAUUGAUGGAGAGGAUAUGGGUUUGCCGGUGUCGAAUUUGGUUUAGUGUAGUGCGAGGACUGAGGGAUUAAGUAAGUAUUAAGGCUUAUUUGAAUAUGUCUUAUAUUAAGAAAUUUGUAGAUGUGCAACAAAGUCGUAUGGAGAGCGCGAGGGUAGCGAUGAGGGUAGUUGCACAGAGCUAUGCUAUUGCGUAGGCUAUUGAAUAGCUAGUUGCAAGGCUCUUAAAGAUUUCAGAAUGCGCCUUGUGAUUUCAACGUAGUAGAUGUGCAACAUAGCUAUUUCAGGAGGUAAUUAACAGUGUCAUGAUGAUCUUUAUUGCUAGUAUGUCACUAGUUUCCAGCACGAUAUGAAGACUAGUGUUGACCUCGAAACUUCAACAAAGAGGCAGCAGAUGGAGGUACGCGCAAUUAAGGAUGUCAAUAUGGUAUCAACCUCCAAAUAAAAAUACUAGACAGUCAUCCUCAUAUAUAUUAUAAGCUGCGACAAUCGUUAUCAGCACCAAACAGGCACGCAUUCGCAAUUAAGGCUCGAGUCUAGAUCCAUGCGGUGAAAAUUUGUUAAGGGGUAAACUUGGCAAACUUUGCUUAUUCCUCCACCAUCUACCUCGUGGAAAUGAAAGUUGCAGGAUAUAAAAUCGCUAUGCAGGAUCGAGAUAUCAACACGAAGGCUGAGUGCAGAAGCAAGAAAUGAGAAGGAAGAAAAACGAGAUAGACGAUAUUACCACUCGUUUCAAACUCCUUAAUGCCAGCGACACAACAUGGAGAUUGAUGCCUAUAGCCUUAUCCAAUAUGACAAAAGUUGGUCGCUACCGCCGUUUGGAGUUCCUUCAUGCAAAAAAUCGGCGACAGCUCAAUGCAUGGUUGAAGGAUGUUGGCUGUUUAUUCUGUGAGUUGGGUUAUACAACAUAGGAUAAAUUUGGGGGCCGUUUCAGCAAUCACUCUGUGGAGAAGAUCCUGGGCGCCACUUUGGUCCACCGAGCCAUGUAAAUAAUUUUAAUUGAGAUGGGGACAAUAUGUUAAUUCGGCAUUAAAUCGAGUUAAAAGUCUCCUAAUCUCCUGUUAGCAGCUAGGUUCGGAGGUUGCACAAAUAAUAGAGUGAUGCUCAACCGCAUUUAACUCUUCAUUACAGCCCCGUUGUAAGUGGUGUUUGUUUCUUUCCAAAUGACACGUCAAACAUGUAAUCAACAUGAUUCUAUAUCUUCACGUAACUUGUGUUCUCGUUUCGAUUCUGUGUUUGUUGGUACGCUCAAGCUAUGCGAUCGAGCUCAAAAUCCUCACACCAAGUGAUAGGCAAAUCUUGAUCUCGGGUCGUAACUAUGCUAUUAAAUGGCUCUCUCGUCAAAGUGGAACUACCAAUUUGACUUUAGUGCGAAUGGUCACUGAAUCUGGUAUUGGAGGUUCAAUUCUUGAAAUAGCUUCAAAUGUCCCACUAUCAUCCGGAGAAUACGAAUGGACUGUACCGCCAGGACUCGAUGUAAAUAAUGUGCAUUUCCCGCCAUGGUCAGUUUUGAGCGAUUGUGGGGGCGACCAGAUACUUUCAGGUGCUUUUUGGGUCAACGACGUUGCAAUAUACAAUAGAGAGGAUAGUAGUGGUAUCGAUAAAACGACGAGGUACCCCAAUGGUUCUAGUGAUAUCACCUUGAGCACACGCAUCAGCAGUACCGUCGUAGGUGACAGUAGUAGUAGCCCAAUAACAGUAGAGCAAUAUAUUUCGACAGCUACAUCAGGAAAUGACGAUGUUUCGAGUUCAGUAUCAGUUUCCGGUAUGGCCACAAGUACAGUUAACAGCACGACGCACACACACCCAACGUUGGUUGCAACAUCUACCAAUACCCCAUCAGCACCUGGCAAUACACCAUCAAAUUCCAACAUGAAAAGGAAUCGCGUGCCUAUGAUAGUUGGUGUCGUCAUCGGCAUCUUAGGCUUUUUUGUUUUGAUAAUAGUAUGCGUUGUUAUUCGUCAUCGAGAUCAAAAUAGACAGCCUCUCACGUUCCUAUGGAAGAUGCGAGGAGAUAAGAAUGCAUUGGAGCUAGAAACAACUGCCAAUUUUCAUGAGAUGGAGGGACCUGGAAAGUUUGAGUUGGAUGGGACGAGUAUGAAGAAAAAGGUGUAUGAGCUGGAAGGACGAGAUGUCAAGAAAACUGUUCCUGUGGAUGUUGGAGAUUAAUUUGAAUAUUUCUUAAGGGAUGAGGUAGUGAAAGGCUUUACUAAUAUUUGGAUGGUAACCAGUUCACUUGGAGGUCAUGUAGAUGAACUGGAAGCAAUAAGAUAUGAUGAGCAAUGGUAUAUGUAAGAUCAGACUUUCAAUAUAAGAGAC